UAGAAGCUAGAAAUCAUGGAAGGACUAACGCGACCAACCCCGCCAGAGCCGCUACACUCGCAUACCGCAGUUCUCCCAUCACUCGAUGAUCUUGAGACGGAUCACCUGUGCAGCUGUGCUCCCUCUGCGCCGAGGUUGCGCUGCUCUUCGUGCCCUUUCAGCUGAGUUUGUCAACCAUAGCAUGUAAUCUCGUUGUACGAAUGUCUUGGAGAUGAUUUCUCGUUGCAACGGAGCGCCGCCCAAAGCAUCCGUAGCGUCGAUCUAGCCCAACCGACUGCCCGUGCUCCGAACUGCCGAAUCAGCUGAUUCGCGACCGUCUUGCGAAUAUGCUGUCUGCAGGUCUUCGGUAUCCUCCUUCCAACUUCGGCGCCCACAAUAUGAUAGCACACAGUCAUGUUGCGCAGCCGACCAUGUCUACAUCUGGCCUGGACACCCUGGCGGAAGGUUCGCAAUACCAUCUGCAGCAGCUGCAGAUGCAGCAGCAGCAGCAACAGGCGGCGAUGCACAGUCUUAAUAGUGCACGGCCGGUCAUGAAGCAUCGACAGAGCUUCACCAGCGUUGACAGCAAUGCUGGCGGCAGGCGAGAAUCUAUCAGUGCAGGGAAGGGAGGCCGAGGGUCUACCAGCAGUCAACCUGUCCGUCGUAGGAUCAGCCGAGCAUGUGAUCAGUGCAACCAGCUUCGAACGAAAUGCGACGGCAAGAUGCCAUGUGCUCAUUGCGUAGAAUUCGGGCUGACGUGCGAAUAUGUUCGCGAGCGCAAAAAAAGAGGAAAGGCAUCGAGAAAGGACAUUGCAGCACAACAGGCUGGGACGCAGUCUGGCGCCGAGGGCAAAAGCUCGAGUCCGAAGUCUGCCAAUGACAACGAAUCGGACGACACGAUCAACGACCUCAAGCAGGAGUCAGAGCAGGGCAUGAAGCGGAAACGAUCGAACAGCGACCUUCCGCCUCCGCAACUGCCGCCACCAAGAUCAGGCAGCUUGACAAGUCAGUCCCUUCCCCACAGCAGCACCAAUGGCAUGUCCGGCUUCGACCACGGCGGCACCGUAACUAACAAUCCCAUGGGCGACCCUGCUACCGGUGACAGGCAGCCACACCGCUCAAUGACUAUGGACCAACAGGCUCCCAGCAUGGGCAUACCGCCCCCGAGACUGCCAAGCGUGGCGAUGUCUGAUCGCGGCAUGUCUGUGGCUAUGGGUGAUUACGGCACGAUCGACGACUAUCACCGCAGUAUUCUCCAUCCUAGUGCGAACGUUGCGGGGCACAACAUCCUUCAUAGCGGACCAACGACCAUGUCUAAUGGAAUGAUUCACGGCGGUACCGUCACUGGCUAUCCGGAGGCCCAGUACGGUGUACCGUCUCCAGCAAGUCAACAAGGAGUCUCUAGAGCGCAGUUCGCAAUUGGUGAGUCACCCAUGUCCGCAGGAUUUCUGGGACAAUCUCCGGUGGCGGGCUCCCCAGGCUGGCUCUCUCUGCCCUCACCGUCAGCAGCUCUCUAUCCGCAUUUACAGCAAAUUCCUACCAACCAGAUCCUUCGCUACCCUGUCCUGCGACCCCUAUUGCCACAUAUAUCUGCUAUCAUACCUAUUGGACUGGCAUGCGACCUCCUCGAACUUUAUUUCCACAGCACUUCUGCAGCCUUCAUGCAACCGCAAUCGCCAUAUAUACUCGGCUACAUGUUCCGGAAACGGUCGUUCUUGCGGCCGCAUAAUCCAAGAGUCUGCAGCCCUGCGUUGUUGGCAAGCAUGCUAUGGGUGGCUGCUCAGACGAGCGAGUCAGCAUUCCUAACGUCUCCACCGUCAGCCCGCGGCAAGAUCUGCCAGAAGUUGUUGGAACUGACUGUAGGUCUUCUCAAGCCAUUGAUACACUCGCCGAGCGAUGGGAGUACUCACUACGCUGGAAACACCGUCAUUAAUGGCGUAGCGCUUGGCGGCUUUGGCGUUGCUUUGCCUGGACAGGCGCAUGACAUGGAUGGCGGCUCGCCUGGCGCAACUGGAGCUUUGGACGAUGUGGCUACUUACAUCCAUUUGGCCACUGUGGUGUCCGCAAGUGAAUACAAGGCUGCGAGUUUAAGAUGGUGGAAUGCGGCAUGGUCGUUGGCAAGAGAGUUGAAGCUGGGCAGAGAGCUUUCUCCGAACCCGGAGCCACCAAGCGCAGACAUGCAAGACGGCGAGUUGAAUGCAAAUGGAGAGCCAGUUAACGGACACGGAUCCGGACACCCAUCACCAAACGCGCCAGGGAUCGUUUCGGAAGAAGAGCGAGAAGAGCGGAGGCGGAUAUGGUGGCUACUAUACAUCGUGGACAGGCAUCUGGCGCUGUGUUACAAUCGACCGCUCUUCUUGCUUGAUAUUGAGUGCGAGGGACUACUCCAACCCGAACAAGAAGUCGUAUGGCAAGCCGGCGAGUACUACCCGCCAGAGAACUUUGCCGAGACGAGUUAUUUCCGACGACGAGGACCCGACUUUGAAUGCACUGGCCACAGCAUCUUCGGCUACUUCCUGCCUCUGAUGACGAUCCUAGGCGAGAUUGUGGACUUGAAUCACGCCCGCAACCAUCCGCGCUUUGGCCUGCGGACCGGGCGGACUGGUAACGAGUGGGACGAUCAGGCUGCGGAGAUCACGCAGCAGUUGGAGGCUUACGGCCGCAGCUUAAAGGACUUCGAAGCACGGAAUUUAGGCAGCCAUGCGCAACAAGCCGCCAACGAGCCUAAAGCGCCGGGAGAGAUCCAACAAAAUGCGGAUGGCAUGCAUCUUGACGGCACCAGCCCGUCGGCUCACUCGGUUGGGACGAACAGCUCGAACCAGCGUAUGACUGAAGCCAUCCUGCAGACGAGAGUUGUGACAGCAUACUGUACACACCUCAUGCACACGCUGCACAUUCUGCUGAAUGGAAAAUGGGAUCCGAUCUCGCUGCUGGAUGACAACGACUUGUGGAUAUCAUCUCAGUCGUUCAUUUCGGCGACCGGACACGCCGUCUCCGCAGCUGAAGCCAUCAACGACAUCCUUGACUACGACCCUGAUAUCAGCUUCAUGCCGUUCUUCUUUGGCAUCUAUCUUCUCCAAGGCAGCUUCCUCCUGCUCUUGAUCGCGGACAAGUUACAAGGCGAGGCCAGUCCGAGCGUGGUGAAGGCGUGCGAGACCAUCGUGCGUGCCCACGAAGCGUGCGUUGUCACGCUCAAUACUGAAUAUCAAAGAAACUUCCGCAAAGUGAUGCGGUCAGCCUUAGCGCAAGUGCGCGGACGCUCAUUGGAAGACUUCGGCGAACAGCAAUUACGCCGGCGCGAAAUGCUGGCCUUGUACAGAUGGACCGGUGAUGGGACCGGGUUGGCGCUGUAGAACGUUCGCUGCCACUGUUGGCGAACAGAACGACUGUAAAAUGCACAUGUUGUGGAUAUAAGUUAACAAAAGCUGCGCGCUAGAUACCCAAAAGUGACAGACGGACAGCAAUAACCACCAAUUAUCUCGCAAAACGACCUCCACUUCUCAACUGGUGGUAGCUUUGAGAGGUGCUUGAAGUUGUCCUACGUGACUCGGAUUGAGUUUCAAUAUCUCAGAUGAAAGCGUGCCUGCCUUGUGCACUACCCUGACAUCAAUUUGAC